AUGUCAUCAAACGAUUCGGGAAAGCACAUCUUAAUCAUCAACUCUGCAGUACCUUUCCUAUUGUCAAAAGGCGGUCUUCAUCAGCGAUUUACCGAGAUUGCAACAGAGUAUUUUCAAUCUCAUGGAUGCGAAGUAAAGAUUACAAUGCUCAAAGAUGAGUACAAAACUGAAGAAGAACUUGCUAAGAUUGUCUGGGCGGAUAUUAUCAUAGUCUCUACACCAGCAUGGUGCAUGAGUGUUCCAUGGCACUUAAAGAAGUACAUCGACGAAGUUUUCUCUUCAGGAUACGGAGUCUUACUGAAGAACGAUGGGCGCACAAGGAAAGAUUCGUCUAAGAAGUACGGAAGUGGAGGUUUAUCACAGAACAAGAAGUAUAUGAUUGUCUCUACAUGGAAUGCUCCAGAAGAAUCUUUCACAGAUCCAAAUCAGCUUUUCGAAGGCAAAGGAAUCGACAAUGUCUGGAUCUGGCUCCAUAAAGCUUUCCAGUUCAUGGGAAUGCAGAAAGUUCCUUCGAUCACUUUCUACGAUGUCGUGAAGGAUACACAAGCAGAAAAGUACUUCACUGACUAUAAGUCUCAUUUGGAAAACAAUUUUAAGUUUUAA